AACGUCUCGGACAAAGAUGCAGCCAAACGUGCUGCUUAUGCUCUGUUGAUCACCUGGGUAUUACUUGAAGAGAGAGGACAAGAAGCGCUCGACAGGUGGCUGUUUUUGGGGCAAACGCUCAGUUGCGCGUACAGUUUCUACUGCGCACCGUCACGAUGCUGAUACCGACCGGCACCCUGUUGCUACUGGCGGCACUCUCCUCAAGUGUUGACCUGUCAGGGGCUGAGGGGUGCGGGGCAUCAUGUGGGAAAUGCGAUUGCAGUGGUGUGAAAGGAGCAAAGGGUGAGCGAGGAUUUCCUGGUCUUCAAGGCAAUAUGGGAUUUCCAGGGAUGCAGGGAAAUGAAGGGCCACCGGGGCCAAUGGGCCCCAAAGGCGAUUUUGGUGAGCCGGGGACUCCUGGACUGAAAGGAAUGAGGGGCCCUCCUGGUUUGCCAGGCUUCCCAGGAAACCCAGGAUUACCGGGUAUCAAUGGAAAUGAUGGACCCCCAGGUGCACCAGGUAUCCCAGGAUGCAAUGGAACUAAAGGAGAGAGAGGCAGGGAUGGUGCGCCUGGCUUCCCCGGCCUUCAAGGACCCCCUGGUAUCCCGGGACUUCAUGGAAUGAAGGGUGACCCUGGUGGUGUUAUUGGAGUUGUUCCACUGAAAGGAGAAAGAGGAUUCCCUGGCACACCUGGACAACCUGGAAUAAGUGGACCCCCUGGACCUACUGGCCCUCCAGGACCUCGUGGCUAUGAAGGACUCAAAGGUGAACCUGGCCCCCCCGGCCCUCAAGGAGAGAAGGGCGACAGGCUUUCCUUCCAGAGCGAAAAAGGAGAAAAGGGUGACCGAGGUUUCCGUGGCCCACCUGGCCCCCCUGGACCUCCAUCACAAGAAGUGGGAGGACCAGGCAUCACGCAGUCCCUACCUGGACUUCCGGGCGAGAAGGGAGCUCCAGGAGAGAAAGGAGAAAAAGGUUUUUGCCUUCCAUAUGCAAAUGAUGUCAAAGGCGACCCCGGCUCACCUGGACCAAGAGGAAAGCCCGGCAAGGAUGGAGAAGAUGGGCUGAAGGGAGAAAAAGGUUUCCCUGGAAAUCCUGGCUUCUCUGGGCUGCAGGGUGAAAAAGGAGAAAGAGGACCACCAGGAUAUGGUGAAGGUGCUCCUGGUCCACCCGGUCUACCUGGAGAAAAAGGAUCACAAGGAGAGAAAGGUUAUCCAGGUUAUCCAGGAGAUCCUGGUCCACCAGGCCGGCACAUUGAAGGGCCUCGAGGAGAGCAGGGUCAGAAGGGAGACCUGGGUCUGAAAGGAGAGAGGGGGCUGGAUGGAGAGUCGCUUAUUGGACAUCCUGGACAACAGGGGCCACCUGGACCCCCUGGACCUCCUGGACCCCCGACUGACUUUGGGGAAUGCAACAUUGAGAAAGGAUCACGCGGUCCACCUGGACCUCCAGGGUUACAAGGAGAGCUUGGACAGAAAGGUGACAGAGGAGACACCUGUGUUCACUGUGAAGUCCUCGGUGGCCCUGGAUUACCUGGACCCCAAGGCCCUAAAGGACAGCAGGGAUAUCCGGGACCGGCGGGUAGUAAAGGAGAUAAGGGCCCAAUUGGCACUCCUGGAUUACCUGGAAACCCUGGAACACCAGGAAGUCCUGGUUUGAUGGGUGAGCCCGGUGCUGUCGGUGCUCCAGGUGAUAUCUUCAUCGCUCCUGGCCUGAAGGGUGACAGAGGUGUGCCAGGUGCUGCUGGCUCACCUGGACUGCCAGGGGUGGAUGGACUGCCAGGGAGAGACGGCAUCCCGGGAUUACCUGGCCUUAAAGGAGAACCUGCCAAAGAGGGCAUUAAGGGUGAACGUGGAUUGGAUGGGGACCCCGGUCUGAUCGGUCCCCCAGGAGAAAGGGGCCCCCCUGGACUGCCAGGCUUCGGUCGACCAGGACAGCCUGGAGAGAAGGGCAGCGAGGGGAGACCCGGUGUUCCCGGAGUCCCUGGACUUCCCGGUCAAAAAGGUGAGCCAGGCAAAGGUGUGGCCUCCCCUGGGCCUCAGGGUGUACCUGGACCACGAGGACAACCUGGUUUACCUGGAUUUCAAGGCGACAGAGGACUCCCCGGAAACCACGGGUUGCCAGGUUUCCCUGGACAAAAAGGUGACUCAGGUCUCCCUGGAAUUGGAUUACCAGGCCCACCUGGCCCUAAAGGCUACUCUGGGAUCCCUGGAGCUGCAGGUUUACCAGGAGAACCAGGAAAACCAGGACAAGAUGGCCAGACAGGAAAACCUGGUGUACCCGGACAAAAAGGUGAACCAGGGAGAGGUUUGCCCGGCCCCAAAGGCUCGCAGGGCCCCCCUGGAGUUACCGGCUAUCCCGGAGAGAAAGGUAACAUUGGGCUAACUGGUGUUCCUGGUAAAGAGGGAAACACCGGACCACCUGGACCUCAAGGAUACAAAGGUGACUAUGGACCCCCAGGACCUCCUGGAGCAGGUGGACCAGCUGGCCCUCCAGGACAAGGUGUGCCUGGUACCCCUGGAGUCCAAGGACCACCCGGAGAGCCUGGACCAUAUGGUAGGGAAGGUGUGAAGGGAGAAAAGGGCUACCCUGGUCCUCCUGGUCUGGACAUGCCAGGGCCUCAGGGAGAGAAAGGAUCUCCUGGCUUCGCUGGACUACCAGGGGGCAAAGGGUUGCCAGGGCGACCAGGCGCUGCGGGCAGGGAUGGACUGACCGGAAGCCAAGGCCCUAAAGGAGAGAUGGGCUUCAUUGGGUCCCCGGGAUCACAAGGACAUCCUGGGGUGCCUGGCUCACCUGGAUCUCCCGGUCUGAGAGGUGAUCCUGGUAUUACUGGACCAAGAGGAGAAGCGGGUGAGCGCGGACUUAAAGGAGAUAGGGGAGAGCCGGGUUUGCAGGGACCUCCUGGGAACAUGAGUGAAGUCAACAUGGAGAAAAUGAAGGGAGAAAAGGGAGACAGGGGAGACAGAGGUGACCCUGGUAUCACUGGAGCGAAGGGCUUCCCUGGACAGCCUGGAGACCCUGGAAUGCCAGGGAAAGAUGGAGAGGCUGGUUUACCUGGACAGCCAGGUGAUAAAGGAGACCCAGGUGUUCCUGGAGAACCUGGUGUUAUUGGACCACCCGGACAGAAGGGCAGUGUAGGAGAGAUGGGAAUACCAGGCCCAUCUGGUCCAAAAGGAAGCAAAGGAGAUGUGGGCACACCGGGACAUCCUGGGUUCAGAGGCACAGAUGGACUGAAAGGAGAGAGGGGAGUAGCCGGUGAGCCAGGUAUUGGCUUUCCAGGUCCUCCAGGAGAGAAGGGCCCGACAGGUGAGACAGGACAACCAGGCACAUCAGGAGAGAAGGGUCAGAAGGGUUCUAUGGGAGUGCCAGGCAUGCCAGGAGUUCCAGGAACUAAGGGAGAAAUAGGAGCCACUGGCUAUCCAGGCCAGCCUGGUAGACCAGGUGAUAGGGGCAACCCCGGGUUGCCUGGUUCUUCAGGAGAGCCUGGUCGUGAGGGUCGGCCUGGUGAACAUGGCCUGCAGGGUCCUCCUGGUCCGACUGGAGAGAAAGGAGAGCCUGGAGUAGACGGUAUCCCUGGAUCCUCAGGAGAGAGAGGAGACCCAGGUUUACCUGGUAGAGGUUUCCCUGGGACACCUGGAGAGAGUGGUGCCAAAGGUGACAAAGGUAGUCCUGGCUUCCCUGGUACUCCUGGUCAUCCAGGUAUCCCCGGCAUCAAAGGUGACAAGGGAAUUCCAGGACCAGCGGGUGCCCAGGGUGAGCCUGGAGAGAGGGGCCUGCCAGGAAUCUCUUUAGAAGGUCCUAAAGGAGAAAGAGGAGAAACAGGACAACCAGGAGAAGCAGGAUCCACAGGAGCUCCAGGACUUCCUGGUGUGCCAGGCACGGAGGGCCAAAAGGGAGAUAAAGGAGAGCAGGGUGUCCCUGGCAUCCAGGGGGAGAUAGGGAUUAAGGGUGACCGGGGAACUCCAGGAUCUCCUGGACAACCUGGUCUUCCAGGCGUUAAUGGACUGAAGGGAGAGAUGGGAUUGCAUGGAGUACCUGGCUUCCCAGGUUCCAAAGGAGAGGUUGGAGUGAUUGGAUUCAAAGGAGAAACUGGAGACAGAGGAUUCCCAGGAGAAAAGGGUAAUGAAGGCCCCCCUGGUCCUCCUGGCCCCCACACCUUCAUCAAAGGAGACAUUGGGUUCCCAGGGAUACAGGGGCCCCAGGGACCACAGGGCCAACCUGGGUUUCCUGGACAGAAAGGACAGCAAGGUGUGAUGGGUAUCCAAGGGUCAAAAGGUGAUGAUGGCCACCCUGGGUAUAAUGGUCAGCCAGGAGCAAAAGGAGAACCUGGUUUGACCGGACCAUCAGGCCCUAGAGGACUUCCUGGUCCCCCCGGACCUGAUGGCGUCCCAGGUCAGGUGGGCCCACCCGGUCCCUCCUCCAUGGAUCAUGGGUUCCUGGUAACUCGGCACAGCCAGACAGUGGAAGUUCCACUGUGUCCUCAGGGCACCUCUCUCAUCUAUGAUGGUUACUCCCUACUCUAUGUACAAGGCAAUGAACGCUCACAUGGACAGGACCUAGGUACGGCCGGGAGCUGCCUGAGGAAGUUCAGCCCCAUGCCCUUCCUCUUCUGUGACAUCAAUAACGUGUGCAAUUUCGCUUCCCGUAAUGACUACUCCUACUGGCUCACCUCUCCUGAGCCCAUGCCCAUGAGCAUGGCGCCCAUCACUGGCCAAAGCAUCAAACCCUUCAUCAGCAGGUGUGCUGUGUGUGAAGCCCCAGCCAUGGUGAUAGCAGUUCACAGUCAGACCAUCAUGAUACCACCUUGCCCACAUGGCUGGGAGUCUCUGUGGAUCGGCUACUCUUUUGUCAUGCACACCAGUGCCGGUGCUGAGGGCUCAGGCCAGGCUCUGGCAUCUCCUGGUUCCUGCCUGGAGGAAUUCCGCAGUGCGCCCUUCAUCGAGUGUCAUGGCCGGGGAACCUGCAACUACUAUGCCAACUCCUACAGCUUCUGGUUGGCCACCAUCGAAGACAAUGAGAUGUUUACGAAACCUGUCCCAACAACACUAAAGGCAGGAAAUCUCCGAACACACAUAAGCCGCUGUCAGGUGUGCAUGAAGAGGACAUAAACCCUGAUUCCCGAUCCCUAGCCUUUGCUGUUGUCUGCGAUCUGGCUUUACUUCCUGUUUUUAACAACGGAUGGUGCUAUUUCCCUGUGUGUGUGAGUGGAGAGGGACAGAGAUGUGGGUUGCAGAACAGCCAGAGAUCAAAGACGAAAGCACACACAUCAGAGACCAAAGCCAUAAGAGCACGCGGCCCUACGCUCCAUGCAGAACACUUAACUAACAUGACCACAACAUGUCUCUAACGAAUGGCACCCAGUUUACCACUGCACUGAGUACAUACCCCCCCGCCCCCAUGAGUGAACUGGUGCUCAUUUUGAAAGGGUUGUUUGUGUAAGUCAGGUGCUAUUAAAUCUUACCUAUGUGCCUUAUUUCCACGUUGGUAUGAUUAUAUUUUCCCUCCCCACAAAUGCCACAUCAUUUGAGAUAUAGCUAUGUAUUACUAUUGACUUUCACAUCUUUUAUCUUUUUGUUAACAUGUACUAAUGUAAAGGAUGGGAGUUACCACUGGUUACACAUUCUUGUCAUUUGCUAAAUCACCAUAUCUUGCGAGCACACCUACAUAACAAAGACUCUGUUGUAAAUAUACUGCAUUGUUUUCUGUUCUAACAUUCUUCACCAUACUUUCUUCAGGUUAAUAUUGCUAGUUAUUAUUGCUUUGUGUGUUAUUAAGUCCAAUUUUUAUUUAUAAAAUUUAUGAGAAUAUGUUGGACAUGAGUGUAUCUGAGAUGCCAUAAACCCAAAACCAGUGACACAGUAUGUUGUUCCAGUGGAUAGCCGACCCGGUGUCUCAUUUCCAUGCAAAACAGCACUGAAAUAGCAUUGGCAGGUGUAUGUGUGUGUGUGUGUGUAUGUAUGUGUGUGUCUGGGUGCGUGCAUUUGAGCUGUUUGUUAGUCAUGUGUGCUGUGAUGUCUGCAAAUAAGUUGUUGCACAACCCUGUUGUUGACAUAAAAACAAACACAUAAGAAAUAGAACAGAAAUAAACCUUUCACGUACCCACCCUCACGGCUCUUUGUCAGAACAUUGUGUAUAACAGUUGUGUGUUAAAUGAUUUAUUCUUCUGACAUUAUGAGAACUUAGUCUGUCCCAAAGAAAUGUAUGUGUAUAUACACUGCUUACACAUAACUGUACUUGCUUUUCUGCUCAUGUACUUGAUUGAAUCCUCUUUGAGUUACUUUUUUUCACUUGGAGAUUUACCAAAGACCUGGGACAUGUUUCUCCCUUUACAAGGGUCAUCAAGUUACAGUCUUACAUUGACAUUGUCGUCAAAGACAGGAGAGCACGGCUGUAUUUAUAAACGCCUGUACAGGUAGAGAUCGGCUUAUGUUUUAUUUCUUCCCCCAUAAACUCGGCGGAAACUAAACUUUCUAUGUUUUAGACAGGAACCUUUCUACCGUUUCCUUUUCAAAGCUGAGUAUUGAUGAAUGUUGACCAGAUGCAAAUGUUUCCACUGCUUUUUAUAAGUUAUAGCAGCUAUUCCACACUGACCUCAUCUUGUUGUUGUGUCUGUUGUACUCAGUUGUGCUAAAACUGUUUCACGACAUACACACAAUAUUAUCAGUAUUUGACAAGGAGAGAAACUUGAGUUCAGCGGCAAUGUUCUUGGUCUUAGUGUGGAGCAUAAUUGAUUAACAAACAGAGCAAAUACUUUAUUGACUUUUUAUCAUUUCCCAGUCCCAUACUGUGUAAUUCAUGCAAUAAAAUGAUUUGUAUA